AACGAUUCGGCCGCUAUAAAUUUGAAAGGUGAAAUUAUUCGACCACUUCAUUCACAAAAGGUGCUAAAGGACAAGAAAGAGGACUAUUCACACCAAAGAUGCUGCGGACACAGAUUCUGGCUGGUGUAUGCUGUCUUCUCGUUACGAUAGCCUGUCUCGUAGAAUCUCGGUUUAUAGAACAAAAUAACGAACCACGUUCCAAACGUCAGACAGCUGACAUGAGAUUAUCAGAAUUACAAGCCAUAAACGAAAUACUCAACAGAAUCACACCCGGAUGUUCCAGUUACGCAUGCGGAGUAGUGGAUGUAUACAGCAGAUUUGACAAGAGAGCAUGGUCCGAUCAGCGAAUGGCCGAACUUAAAGCACUACUAGGUUUGAAGAACCAGGGAAAUGUUAUUGCUCACGGUCUAUUUGAUCCUUACAAGAUAUUUAUCAGGAAACGCACUUCUUCCGACCAACGCAUAGCAGAACUUCAAGCGCUUAUUGCGUUAGUUCAUGGUCGCGGUAACGUUGCACACGGACAGUUAGACCCGUCUAUAAUUGGAAGAAGGAAGCGUGCUGCAAACUUGCUGAAUAAGGCAUUUUCAAAACGACAAGCUUUUGCGAAGGACUCGACAAGCCAUUAAAAGGUUGUGACUGCAGAUUUGAUAUGCAUGGAUCUCAAUUGCGGCCCUGAUGAGGUGCCCAGAUACAGUGUAUUUAUAUGGAACGCGAGGAUUCGGAUGACAGAUAAAUAAAUAAAUCGUCCCUAUGUCAUUUCGUCUUUUUGUCUCAGGAAUACCAGCCGUGCUGGUUGUCUUCGUCUGUUGUUUGUUUGUAAAAAUGUUUAAAUUAAAUUAUGUGUGAUAUU